AUGGCGAUUGUAAAUCCAGGCAAGUAUUUUUGUUGGGGCACAGCAAAAUUGAUAAAAGGAACCUACAUUGUCGGAGGUGUAAAGCCUGGCUUAUUUGAGAUAAUGUCACAGACCGCAAAUUUUACUCCAGACUAUUUUGUGAGCAACUAUAUUAAACCUUAUGAUGCUGAAGUGUUUUUUCACGUUUUUGAUUUGAGGACACAUUUGGGAUCUGAACUUCACAUGACAACGAGCUUUAUUGAGCUGCGAGAGAUCGUCAUUACAACACCUGGAGAGCUUUAUACGUCUUAUGAGAAGCUGUGGCUUCCUUUUGAUGAUGCAACUUGGACGAUUCUUAUUUCAACAUUUUUAAUAGCUUUUGCAGCAACUUUCGUUAUUUAUCAACUUCCAAUAAUCAUUCAAAUUGGAGUUUUUGGUGAGAAUGUCAAAACACCGUCGCUCAAUGUUUUCAGCACAUUUUUUGGAAUUCCACAGAUUAAGCUCCCAAAAAGUCACAUUCCAAGGUUUAUUCUCAUUUUAUUUGUCUUUAUGUGCUUGAUUUUUCGAACAUGCUAUCAAAGUAAAUUAUUUGAGUUCUUAACAAGUGAACCAAGACGAAUUGCACCACAAACUUUACAAGAUUUAGUUGACAAUGGUUUCAAAGUUUACUGGACUGAAGACAACGAUGGAAAAUUGAACAAAACAAUCGAAAAUGAUGAGAAGCAUUGGCCUCAAAUCCACUUCCACACCGAUGAAGAAAACUACAAAAUGUUCAUGACUCAAUCAAAAAAUGCAUCAGCAAAAAUCGCAAUGAUUGCUCAAGAACUGACUCAUAAAAUGUUUGAACAUUAUGGAUACAACAUCAAAUGGCACAAACUUCCAAAUUAUUGCAUUUCAGUCAGUCAAUCUGGAUUUGCAUUUUUACAAAACAACUUUUUCUUUCGGAUUGUUGACGAGACUGUCCAAAGAUUGACAUCAGCUGGAAUCAUAAAUCGACUGAUUGAGCAAUGCUAUCCAUUAAAAGGAAAUAGAUUCGAGGCAAAAGCACCAUCUGUAUUGAAGAUUGAGGAUUUAGACUUUGGAUUCGUCAUUUGGAUUGGAUGUUGUGCUGCUUGUGUUGCUUGUUUUGUUGCUGAAUCUUUGUUUUGGAUGAUUUGUAAUAUUUUGAAGGAUUUAAAGGACAAAAGUACAACAAAUAAGUUAAAGUUUGCUAAAGUCAGUCCAGGUACUGCUAAUGCACAGCAAAUUGAUCAAUGUUGCCUUAAGGAUCAAUAUUUAUUUAGAAUUAAUAAGCCAAAGUUAAAGGAAAUGUGUAAAGAGUCAAUUGAUGGCGAACCAAUUGAUCACGAACUAAAUCUUGACGGAUUAGAUGUGGCUAAAGAAAUGGUUAAAAUGUCAGAUAUUAAGGUUCAAUCUUCCCAAGAUGUCAAUAACAUCUGCGUUGAAAAAGCUGCUCUGACUUCAGCUCCACGAGUCUAA